GAUGUAGUGCUGUAGUGCCCCUCUUUCCACGAAAUUUGCCGGCAACUUGAAAUUAACAUGUUGCCGCGCUUCUUCCGCCGCUGCAGCGAUUUAGGAUUUGAGAACCGUUCUUCUCUGGUUCGUUUAAGCACACUUGUGCCCGUGCCCGUGGCUGUGCCCUGCCCAAUUCCGUUUAAUUAGCAUGGUCCAAGUGGCGGCCAAAGCUGCUCGAGCACGAUGUGCCCGAUGAUGGCUUCUCUGGGCAUUAUUCUGGCCUCUGGCUACUGGCUACUAACUGCUGGCUGCUGUAGAACGGACUUCACGGCUUCCGUUGGCUGCGCACGCGCAAUUAGCCAAAGCAAACGCCGAUCCAGAAAUUCAUGCUGCGCUGCUCUUGGAGACAAAAGUAUGGAAUGUAUCUCAGGGGCUAAUACUUUUAUGAGUGCACCGCACCGCUCCGCACCGCCUAAUGAACAGCCAAAGCCAGGGUCCAAGUUUUGGACAGGAACGCAAUCUGCAGAGGUACUGAAUGCAAAUGGAAAUUCCUGGAGGCAUUCGAUCGCAUUACCACAAAUCCGCCCAGAGCCGUGGAACCAGUUGGAAGCCCAAUAAAACCGCCUCGGAUUGCAAUGGCCCAUCGACAGGCGCUAUAUAUAGAAGAUGCCAACUAAAAAUAGCCGCGUCUUAAAUGAUUUUUGCUCAUUAGAGCGUGCGUGUUGCUAUAUAGCCAUGUUGCUAUGUUGCUAUAUUGCAGAGGGACACCAAACAAAAAGUGAAAAAGUGACAGGAACCAAGAACUAAAACAAAAGCCGAGCCUGUUGCAACUGCAACUUGCAGUCGGGUCCACAUUUUCUACAUGACGCUGCGAAUGCCAGGGAACAUAAUAAAAUCAUGUAAUGGACUGCGCAUGAAAAACAAUGCAAAAAGCGUUGACAACAUGACCAUAUUUCCCCCAUCCCAUCCCGUUCCACUGAGGGGUGUGUGUGUAUCUGUUUUGUUACUAUUUUGCAGAAUAAUGUAAUAAAAAUAGCAUGCCAAGCAUUGGCCAGCUAGCCAUCCAGUUACACUGGGAACAUAAGGCUGAGCUUAUUACGAUUAAUGAUUGUGAA